AUCGGAAAGAUAUGGGUUAGUUUUACGGUGAUGAUUGUCAACAGAAUUGCCCGCAGAAACCAUAAACCGAAUUACCGCAUCCCUAAAAGACGCAAUUCAUGCAUACGAGGUAUGGCUUUAUCACCAAAGAAGAAAAAAACAUUCAAACCAUCUUCGUGCUCCUUUUCAAUCUUUGUGCAAAACAAAACAACGGCGUCUCAAAUAUGGGCACUUAGUGUACUAAUCGGCAUCAUAUGCCCAUUACACAUUGUUCAUUGUGUAGAUCCAAAGUUUGAUCCUUCAACACGUAUGCGGCUCGUUUUGGUGCCGGCGGAUGCGCAAGUUGGCUCUGUAAUAUAUCGAUUACGUGGCACAGACGAGGAGUUUGACUAUCCACUGGCGUUUGAACUUAUAGACGAUGCAGCAUCGUCUACCGUUAGAAUUGAAUCCCUUCCGUGUACAAAAUAUAAUUCCGUUUGCCAAGCAAAUGUAGUGUUACAACAACGUUUGGAACCGGGACGCUACUACGACUUCCAGGUAUCAGUUAAGGACACCAAGGGUGGUACGGCCAGCCAGUUGUGUUCGAUUACUGCUACCAAUAUUACAACACCACACGAUCUCAUAUUCCCACAUAAACCGGGUAUUAUAAUGAUUCCAGAGAACGCAAAACGCGGUACAGAAUUGGACUAUGUGAUUGCAAGCAAAAACCCACUUUUCCAAAAGCCCGUUUAUCUUGAGUUGUGGAUGGAUCACGACGAGGCACCUCAGUCAGCACCGCGAAAAUUCAUAAAAUCGCAGAUUAGAACGGGUCGCAUACGCGUUCAACACCACAGCAAACAGACGACUACAAGCGAUGCCGAUUAUGCGCCGGUCAUCAUGUGCUACGAGUAUGCGCAGCAUUUUUAGGCGCUUCUUACUGGCACCACACCCUACUUCCUCGAAAUGGUACACAGGCAGCCCGCCGCACGAGUUCUCACUCCGCCCCCCAAACGCCUCGUCCAGGCAAAGAAAAACGUUCCAAAACGUGGGGGAUCAGGGCGUACAUCAUAGCGCUACAAGUACCUAAAACAUCAUCCAACCGGAGGGAACCGUAAAGCCCGAUUCACGGCGAAUGGAUUCCAGACUGCUAGCUACCGUGACAAGUCUACCAAAAUUUUGGUUCACGAGGCAAUGAGGGCUCUGCGGGAGCUGAAGGAUGCUCUAGCCGCUUAACGCGGCCAGGGCCGGCAGGAUGUCUGCGGGA